AUGGUUAGAACAAAGUUCAAUGGUAUUCCAGUUGAAAUACCAUAUGAGCCAUAUCCACCACAGCUUGUGACAAUAUCGAAGCUCAUAGAAUGCUUCCAAACGAAUACUAACGCUUUAAUUGAAAGCCCAACAGGAACUGGAAAAUCACUAUCUAUUCUUUGUAGUGUACUAGCCUUUUAUGAGCAGGAAAAAAGAAGAUUUAAUGAGCAGAACAAGCCGUUUAAAAUAUUUAUUUGCAGCCGAACACACAAACAAAUAGAUCAGUUGAUAGAUCAACUUAGGAAGACAAUCUAUAGACCAAGGAUAACAGUCUUAGGGUCUAAGAACCAGUACUGCAUAAAUUCAACUUUGUCGAAGGUUGAAGACAAGAAUACAGCCUGUGCAGAAUUAAUCAAGAAAAAAGCAUGUGUGUAUUUCAAUGGAAAGGAUAGACUAAUCAAAAGAAUUGGGGAAAAAAUAUUUGAUAUUGAAGAGUUGAAAAGGGAAGGCAAAAAGUGUGCAGGAUGCCCAUACUUUACAGCCAGGGAACUGCAGGAGGAUGCAGAUAUAAUUUUUGCACCAUACAACUAUUUGAUAGACACAAGUGUCAGAGAAUCUUCAGAAAUAAAGCUAGAUAAUGCAAUCCUUAUUAUUGAUGAAGCACAUAACAUAGAAGAUUGCUGCAGAUCUGCAGGAUCAGUUGAAAUAACGUCUAAAUUAAUAGAAAUAGUCAUAAACGAAUUAAUAGGAGCAAUAAAGAGAAGUGCAUUGCUUGGAGAAGUGAGAGGAGAAUUCUUGAGUUUAAUGGACAUCUUUAGAAAACUAAAAGACCACUCCCAGACAAACGAGUUUGAUGUAAAAGGAAAGGAAAAUCAAAUGAAAAUAAGAAAAGGCAAGGAGGUAAUAGAAGAGCUAGACAAAAUGGGGGUGGGAAAGGAGGCUUUUCUGUCUUAUAAAAACUCAUUGCAGGCAAUAAUGAAAAAUGAAGAUGCAAAGAGUCUUUUAAGCUUAAAUACAUCCAGAUUCUUACAGGAAAUGGAAAGAAUACUUGGAAUGGUACUUUUUACAGGAAGCGAGGCAUACGCCUAUUGUUUUACUAAGUACAAGGAUGAGGGCUAUUCAUAUAAUCUUUGGUUACUUGACCCUUCUGUAAUGUUCCUCCCACUAGUUUCUAAAAUAAAAUCUAUUUCUCUUCUUUCAGGCACACUCACUCCAUUUUCCUCGUUUUGUAGUGAAUUGAAAUUUCAGUUCCAGCAUAAACUGGUUGCACCACACAUCAUUCGAACUGAACAGGUAUUCGUGGCUAGUAUAAGAAAAGGCCAUUUAAAGCAGGAUCUAUGUGGUACCUACAGUACGGCAGAGACAGUGGCGUAUCUAGACCAGGUAUCUAAGAUAGUAGUUGAUAUUGCCUUGCAUGUUAAGAAUGAAGGAGGUACUUUGGUAUUUGUGCCUAGCUAUUCUUUCUUAAAUAAACUAGCUGGCCGUAUUUCAGGUGCCAUUGUGGAACCAAAAGAUGGCGGGAUGGUUGAGUUUGAAAAAGCAAUAGAGGCAUAUAAACAAAGGAUACAGAAGAAGGCGACAUCUAUAUUCAUAUGCGUAUAUAGAGGAAAAGCAUCUGAGGGUGUUGAUUUUAGAGAUGAAUAUUCCAGGGCUGUGGUAGCCAUAGGAAUACCUUAUCCCUCCAUAAGGGAUCCUCAGAUCGGACUGAAGAAGGAAUAUAACGACAAGACGAGUGGAUAUAAUGGAAGACUAUGGUACGAGGCACAGGCAUUCAGGGCACUGAACCAGGCACUGGGUAGAUCGAUUCGACACUCUAAUGACUGGGGAUCAGUGUUUCUGAUCGAUAGCAGAUAUGGUGAGAAAAGAUAUCAAAGUGGGCUACCUUCCUGGAUAGUAUCAAAUAUUAAAAUAUUUGAAACGUACAGUCAAAGUGUUGAAUCAUUUAAAAGUUUUAUAAAAUCGAAUACCCAAGAAGAAAAGGAAAAUAUUAAAUAA